CAAAAACGUUUCGACCAAUCAGCUCGUCUUCGCCAGCACCGGAAGUUGUCAUCUUUCGACGUCCUUGUUUUGUGAAGGCACAGACUGAGCAGCUUCUCUGGGGCUGUGUGCGAGAUUAACGAGAUGAAACACAACUCUAACGUCCCUGCUUUCCUCACCAAGCUGUGGACGCUGGUGGAGGAUGCAGACACCAACGAGUUUAUCUGCUGGAGUCAGGAGGGCAACAGUUUUCUGGUGUUGGACGAGCAGCACUUUGCCAAGGAGAUCCUCCCCAAGUUCUUCAAGCACAACAACAUGGCCAGCUUCAUCAGGCAGCUGAACAUGUAUGGAUUUCGCAAAGUGAUGCACAUUGACACAGGCAUUGUGAAACAGGAGAGAGACGGUCCGGUGGAGUUUCAGCACCCCCACUUCAAACAUGGCCAGGACAGCCUGCUGGAGAACAUCAAGAGGAAGGUUUCCAACACUCGGCCAGAAGACAACAAGAUCCGACAGGAAGACCUGACCAAAAUCUUGGCGAGUGUUCACAGUGUCCACAGCGAGCAGGAGAGCAUCGACCUCAGGCUGGCAACACUCAAAAGGGAGAAUGAAGCUCUGUGGAGGGAGAUCGCAGAUCUGAGGAAGAUACAUGCCCACCAACAGCAGCUCAUCAAAAAGCUGAUACACUUCAUCGUCACAUUGGUACAGAACAACCGCAUCCUGAACCUAAAACGCAAAAGGCCACCUCUCAUGAGCAGCAGUGGGAAGAAGCCCAAAUACAUUCACCAGAUCUAUGAUGACAAAGUGUGUGUGGAGCAGUCGUCCGUCAGCAGUUUGAAUGGCUCGAAGAGCUCGGACAUAUCGGAUGACGUCAUCAUUUGUGACUUAACUGAGAGUGAUGCUGAGUUGGCGGCUGAGAUCACAGAGGGCUCGCCCAGAGCCUACGAGACGGGGGAUGUAGAGAUCGUGGAGGUGGAGCUGGACAGCUGCACAUACCACAGCCCCAGACCAACGGAGGUGGGGGUGUCUUCGGCAGCAGAGGACAGUCAGAGGAGCAGCACGUCAGACUGCACCGGAGCCUCCAGCGGAGCCCCCAGCGGAGCCCCCAGCGGAGCCCCCAGCGGAGCCCCCAGCGGAGCCCCCAGCGGAGCCCUGCAGCUCAACAAAGCGAGCAGCCUGAGUCUGGAGGACCCCAUCAAGAUGAUGGACUCCAUACUGAACGAGAGUGGCGCCAUCUCACAGAACAUCAACCUGCUGGGCAAGAUGGAGCUGAUGGACUAUCUGGACAGCAUCGACUGCAGUCUGGAGGACUUCCAGGCCAUGCUGUAUGGAAAACAGUUUGGUGUGGAUUUUGAGUCCCUCGAGGAGAGUUUGUCGAGCACGACACAGCUCAGCAGAGGCAGGGCGGAGGAAGCAAACACAGAUAAGCAGCUGGUCCAAUACACAUCAUGCCCCCUACUGGCCUUCCUGGAUGGCUGCCUCCCUCAUGCAGAGCAGGACGUCAGCAGCAGCAGCAGCAGCUCCUCCUUUAACAGCCCUCGGCUCUCCUCCAGCCCCCCAGCUGGUGUGGGGGUGGAGCCCCCCUUAGAGCUGCUAGACUCCAGUGUGGAGUCCAAGCCAACGGCCCGCAGCUCCCUGAUCCGCCUGGAGCCUCUGACGGAGGCGGAGGCCAGCGCCGAGACACUCUUCUACCUGUGUGAGCUGAGUCCUGCUGCAGCGGAGGGGGAGGCUCUGCAGGACAGAGUGUGAGCAGGCUCCACACCCUCUUAGUGGCCCUCACUUCCACCUGGGGGCCACCGUGACAAGCAGCAGUUUGUACCCUGUGCACAUUUUUGCAUUGAAGAUAACAUUUGAGUUCCAGAAAUAGGCCACAUUUCCAUCAAAAGUUAUAAUUAUAGUUUAACAAAUCUUUUAAUCACCCAAAGCAUGAUGGGAAGUGUAGUUUCAAAACACAAAACAUUCUAAUCUAAGUAAAAUUAGUACAGCUGACCUUAUUCGGUUUUUAGUUUUUCUUUGUUACCGUGCAUUACGAACAACACAUUUGACAAACAACACAGACAAUAGACUUACUUAAUAAAAAUACUGCAGUGAACUCUAAAACCGCAAGAAUAAAUAAAUAUGAAUUAACAAGGGCUGCUACUUAUAGCAUCAGUGUAAUAUUGCUGCAACUUGUUCAUCGAAAUACAUUAUUAUUACUAUGAACACUACUUAUUAUUACCAGUGUUUUCUUCAACGCAAUGCCCUGAAAAGUGUGGCUCCUGUGGGAACAGGACACCGCUCCAGUAUCUUUAGCAUCUGGUCAGCGAAGAAGCUGGACCUUGUUUGUACUCUGAAAUAUAUUUAUUCACAUUGUUUUUUAUCUUUUGCUACGUUCUGUCCAAAAAUAUUCAGAUAGUGUCGUGCUCAAGCUGCGGGACCUCAGCAACAUUUUGCAGAACUGGGAUAACAGUUAAUCGAAAUAAAGACUGAACAUAAACCAGUUAAUGCCGGCGAAUAAAAUAUUUGGGUAAACUUUUCUGUGUAGUAAGUUCAUCUGUUAUUCUCAGUUUGACGACACCUGUCCCGGUUGUCCAAAUAAGGAAGCAGCUUAAACCAUGAAAACAUUUAUUUUAAAGUAAGAAAUUCCUAAAUCUCCUCCGAACUCCCUGUUCCUUUAGUUGAGGUGAGAAAGACAGAGUGGGGGGGCUGAUCUCAGAGCUGUAAAUAGUGUCCCUCAGUACGCUCAUGUAGUGCAGUUUCCUCUGCUGUUCACUGAUAGAAGUGUCCCUUCUUAUCUAGCCAUACUUCACACGGCAGACUGUUUAUAGUUCACUGCAUGGCCAUGUCUCUGAGACCCGCCCACAUCCUGCCAGCUGUCUGUCAUUGUUGCUGUUACAAUAAAGCAAAUGCUACAAUGUA